AUGGCGAAGGACAGAGACGACGACGCAUUGGGCACCAACCAAUCAAAGAAGCCAGCAACGGCCUUUGUCGACUUGGGCGACCAACCACAGCACCCUCCGCCGCCGCACCAGCAGCAGCUGCAUCACCGCACGAAGGCCCAGAAGCACCUGGUCGGAGGUGCCACAGGGGGGCGCGUGCAUGCUCGGAUCCCGUCCACGAAAGCCCUUCACAAACACCACGCCGCGACCUCCACGGCGAAAUUGAAUCGCAGGCACGGCACCUCGCUUUCCCCUGACCAAGGAGCUGGCCAGGCGCUCGCGUCGCAUCACCACCACCGUCGAGCGACCUCCGAGCUGAAGCUGACACGCGACACCUCGUCGACCAAUCUGAAGAAGAACGCCUCGCAGACGAACUUGAAGCGAAAUCGUUCUCAAGCGGAGGUGGGGAAGAGGACAAAGUCGGCAACUAACCUUCACCGUUCUGCGUCCAAUCCGGCCGUCGACAGGCUGAAACCGUUCGGGAGCUCCCGAGUCCAAUUCAACCUCGGCGACGAGGCUCAGGACGACGGCGACCAGGACGAGGACGAGUGGGUGGACGCCAGCGCCUCUGCCUCGCCGCUCCUAUCCCGCCGCGGUUCUGCCGUCAGCUCUGGCCAUAACGCCGACCCUGGGGCGGAUGACGAGGAUUCGCCAGCCCCCUCGCCCACGCCGCACCGCGAAGACGAGCGGUCCCCGGGCCACGGUACACAAAGCGGCACAACGAACGGCGCAGCGAACGGCAAAGCGAACGGCACACAACCCGGCGCCCAUAGCCUCCCGCGCAAUCAGUACCUGACGUCCCGAAUCUUGUCUCGAGCGCCGUCCCAUGGUGCGCCGCCCAUGAUGUCGACAGAAACCGCGUCGGUCGGGCCGUCCUCCUCACGGCAACCCUCACCCCCAGACUCAAGCCUCGGCCAAGGUCCAAGUCCCCCGACUACCACCGGCGCUACGACCCAGGUCCGACCGGGCAGCAGCGGCAAUGCCGAGCUCACGUCUCGGUUCGUGGGGAACAACAGUCAGGAGCCGGGGUCAGGAAAUCCGAACGAGUCAUUUAUCCUGGCCGCGAACCGGGGCGGAUUGUCCCGCGCGGCAUUGAACGGCAAGGAUGGGUUUGACAUGCCCAAGCGACGGCAAUCCCUGGGAGCGCUGUCGCAAGCCCGGGGCAUCGACGCACUCAAUGCUCGGCAGGCCGCGGCCGGAAACGAUCACAGCGACGGGAAUGACGACGACGAAGUGACCCCCGGCGCGUCACGAGCGCCGCGCAAUGGCGCCUACGUGAUGCCGCGAGAGAUGAACAGGACCCAGCAGAAGCUAAACCUCCAGCGGGCAAGCUCCAGCCUGGAGCCAGCCCACCCCCAUCCCGGGAUAGGCAUUGGACCGGCGGGGGUUGCGGUCGGCGGCGGGCCCUUGCUUGGCGUGCCGACCAGUUACGACUCUCGGGACCCGCGAAUCGGCAAGAUGUUGGAGCGGACAGGCAUGGAGUACCUCACCGUGCGCCGGCACCUGAACCCCGUGGCCCGGUCCAUCUCGCGGGUCAUGCAGCUGCCAGACAUCGAAAGCAGCCGGCAGAUCCCGCGGCCCCGCUCGGCGGCCCACCACGCCUCGAGGCUCUCGGAGCAAUUCAACCCGAGCCAGCGCGAGCCGCUGACGCGCGACUCCAGCAUGGUGGACCUGAUCAGCGGCCACGCCGGCGGCAGCGGCGGCAGCACCAGACGGCCGCCGACACCGCGCGGCAGCGGCAGCGGCGGCACCUUUUCCGGCCUGCACAGCGCCAGCUCAAGCCUCAGCACCGACGGCGGCGGCGGCGCAGGCAGGAUGCACGAGCGCGCGGGCCUCAGCGGGGCCAGCCUGGUGAGCGGCGCCGAGGAUGCCGAGACGAUGGCGCUGCUGCGCAUGAUGUGGGACAAGAACAUGAACCUGAGCGCCAGCCAGGACUAG